UCGGACCAGCUCGACGAUUCGCGGCUCCGGCAGAUCGGCGAGCGGGUCUGUCAGAUUCACAGUGUUCGUGCUACGGCACACCCGGCAUGGGUCCAGAAAGUGUCGGGAUCAUUCGUACGCGAAUGUCCCAUAGUGUUUCUGCAAUUUCUUCAAUAAUAAAUUCAUACAAUUUCCAAAAGUUGUAUUCAAAUUGUUGCGCUGAAAAAUAUUCUCACACACGCACGCACAAUAUAGUUUUAUUCUAAUUUUAUAUUUCUUUCUUAUUUUAAUAAGUGAAAACAGAAAGGAUCAAGAGAGAAAGAACAAUAUAAUGUACAUGAAAUUAAUUUUGCCUCGAUGAAAUACUCUUUAACGUUGAUUAAAUUAACAUUUUCAGCACGUACAUCCGUUUUCGAAAGAAUUUCAACGUUAUCCUUUGCAAUCACAUAAUCUGAAUGUUGAAAUCAAUCUAAAAGUUAAAUUAAUUUCGGUUUUAAUGAACGAGAAAAAAAAUCAAUUUCGGAUUAAUCAAAUCGAUGAAUCAAGAUCGUAAAUAAAGAUUUCAUAGAACCGAAAUUCAUGUAAAUUAAAAUAACACACACGUUUGAGAGACACUGAACUAAAGGAUAGCGUCUUAUCGUUAACGUAGCACUUUCGAGAUUGCGAUUUCGGUCCGGUCAAUCGACGCAGUCGCUCACUCGUUAGAAAGUGCAUCGGUUUCUGCGAUUGCAGUCAGAUCAGCACAUUCGCCUCGCAGCAUGUAUCGUUCCAUUGACUGUGAACGGGUUUCGUGUUCACCGACGAGAAACGUUACGCGUUCGUCUCAUCGUCAGCGAAAGAUAAAGUUCUUUACAAUUUGUCGCGCUUAAGUGCACGUUACCGUAUUAUUCUGUUUUCUUCUUAAUUAUGCUUACUAUCUGUCGACGAAUCCGCGCUCGCACAACGCACGAAAGAAUGCAUGUGUUGAGUUAGUAUAGCGGGACGACGUUCGAUGCACAAGCAUAAAAACAGCUCGGCCGUGCGGCCAAGUGCAGCGCUACGAAGCGCAUGAGAUAAAGCGACAUAGACUCUUAAGUGAAGAAAAGGAAUUCACUUUCCCACGCGAAAAAAGAAAACGUGCGAAAAUGUCGUUGCAGGAGGAGGAGUCGAUAAAUUGUAUAAACCAUCAUAUCAUGUACAUUGUUAAUUACUCAUUGGUAAUUAACAACAAGAUAAAAGAGUUGCCUUAAGAUAAAUAAAAAAGCGAGUUCUCGUUGCGAUUGCGAUCUGUAUGGGAUAGAUAAGCGUUAUUUAUUAGGUGCUUCAGGAAAAGAGAAGUCCCGCAAAGCGCGACGCAAUGUUAAGACAAUAAGUGCAAGACACAUCAAAGCGAAAAAGUACAUUGAGCGAAUGAACGACAUGGCAUUAGCGGCAUGCACAAGCAAAACUAAAACGAAGUGUAACCGACAGUUUCGAUUUCAAAAUAAAAGACUCGAUAAGAGUGCACGACGACGAUAUUUGUGUUUACAUUCCGAAUAUGUAAUAGGCAAUGGCCUCAGUGCCGUUUUGGAUACCAAGGCAAACGUUAAUUAAGUGAGGCUCGUUGCAGCCGCCGCCGGAACCUCCUCGUACCUCUUCAUAAACUCGUUAUCGUCGCACCAAGAUGCACGUGGUAUCCAGGAUAGUACAGAGAAGCUUACGGCGUUUAUGCAACUUCGAUAUCUCGCUUCAGGAAACAUCGCGUCGCUUCCUGUCGGGAUAUUCUACGUUCACCACGUUGAGCAGCAAGGACAUUGCCUAUCCAACAACGAGGAGAGACACUAGAAAAGAAGAUGAUACUUUAUCAUUACGAAUGUACACGACCAACCUAGCUCACGCAACGAGGAGAGAACCACCGGAGCCGCGAGGACUUCCAUUCAUCGGCACGACGUUGUCAUUGCUCAUGGCCGGCGGCGGGAAGAGGCUGCACGAGUAUGUGGACAAACGGCACCGACAACUAGGCCCGAUCUACCGCGAGCAAAUCGGGCCGGUGCGCGCAGUCUUCGUCAACUCACCUAACGAGUUCCGGCGAAUCUUUCGACUGGAGGGUACCAUGCCCCGUCACUUCCUGCCGGAGUCCUGGCUGCUAUAUAACAAGAUCCGGCAGCAACGUCGAGGACUGCUCUUCAUGGAUGGAGAGGAAUGGCUACACUACCGCAGGAUUCUUAACAAGCUGAUGCUGAUGCCCAAUUCGACGGAGCUGAUGUGCGCGCCCUGUCAGGUGGUCGCCGAGACACUCACGGAGAAGUGGAAGGUCGAGAGUCGUGAUGGUGCAACGAUCAAGAAUCUGAAUAGUCAGCUUUAUCAGUGGUCUAUGGAAGUGAUGCUGGCAAUCCUCAUGGGCUCGCGAUGGCCAGAUUGUAAACAACAGAUGGCUUCCAGGUACGAGCACUUGGCGUUGAUGCUACAUCAGGUUUUUGAGCAAUCUGUCAUGUUAUCGAUGAUGUCAGCUAAGUUGGCAAUGCGGCUGAAAUUACCUAGGUGGAUGAAAUUUGUUGCGACCGCUGACACGAUUCUAGACACAGUACGCAUCAUGGUACCGGAAUUGAUUCAGUUAGGCGGCGAUGGUUUACUAUCGAUGAUGGUGAACAACGGCAUCCACGGUCACGAUGCCGUCAGAAUCAUCACUGAUUUCAUCGUAGCCGCUGGCGACACGUCGGCGACUACCAUGCAAUGGGCGUUAUUGUUGCUCAGCGGUUAUCCUACACUGCAAGACCAGUUGUUCAACGGUAUCAAGAACUUGUCACCGGAGGAGAUCACGCAGCAUUCUCUGUUGAAGAACGUAUUGAAAGAAACGCUAAGGUUGUAUCCCGUUGCACCGUUUCUCACAAGAUAUUUGACGGCCGACAGUUGGAUCGGCGAUUAUUUUGUAACGAAAGAGGAGUUACUCAUCCUGUCGAUCUGGUCGAGCGGUCACAGUGCGAAGUAUUUUCCGCAGCCAGAGGAGUUCCAGCCAGACAGAUGGGUUAGAAUAGAAUCGGGUAAUUACCAGGGCGUGAGUCAUCCAUACGGCACAUUGCCAUUUGCAUUGGGCGCCAGGAGCUGCAUCGGCCGCAAAAUCGCAGAAACGCAAAUAUAUCUUACUUUGGCACAGCUGAUUAAAAACUUCAAGCUGGACUGCGAGAAUCGUGAUCGCGUACAAAUGAUCUUGAACUUGAUUACCGUGCCGUCGGAGCCCAUUCAACUGAAACUGACAGAGAGGAAAGUAUGAAUAAUUGAUCUCCAAUAAUUAGAAGCUGAGGAGGUUUAAUGGACGAACCACAUAACGAUCCGAUUAUUGUUGACAAUGCGACGCGAAUCAAAUCAAGCUUAACGUUGUUAUUUUAUUUACUACUUGUUAGAUAUACAUACAUAUGCAAAACAUAUUAUAUACACAUUACAAAAUUUUGUGUAUAUAAUAUUUUAUUAUAUUUAAGCUUUAUGCACUUUUUUAUUUAACGGACAUAUGAACACUAUAUGUAUGUAUAGUGAGCGCAGAAACGAAUGCAUAUUUCUCUUGUUAAAUCUUUACUCGUCAUUAUACGAUUCUUGUUAAUAGAAGAUAUUACUUUCGUAGAUUUUUUAACAUAUUAAUCUUUGAUAUUAUUUUUUUUUAACAUAAAAUCUAACGAGUCUUUUAAACGUUACAUUUUACAUAGUAUGAAGAAUGUAAUAUUUGAAACUAAAUCAAUGUUAUAUCAGUACAACCAUGACAAUUCGAGAAAACCUUAUUCUGACCCGAUGUAUCGAUAUUAAUGCUGAUUUUUUAAAAUGUUUUUAACUAUUUAUUUAAUAUAUUAGGAUAUCAAGCGAAUUUCGAUUGUAAAAGCGAUUCACACAUAUUAGCUAAUGUUUAAUUACCGCGAUUUCCUCUGCAUGUCGACAAUACUAGAAUGAGAAAUAUAACGCGCACUUGGCGUUUUAAUUCGCGUCAAAGUAAAUUUCUUGAUCUGACGCGGUUUGUUUGUGUGUGAUAAUUUUGUAUAUGAGGACGAGUCUAGUGUUAUAAUGAAUAAAUGUAAUUUUUAGAUA